AAAUGAAGUUCGAAGAAUACCAAACCAAAAUCUUUGGCAAAGUCCCUCUCACCUUCCAGUAUUUGUUCAUGGACCAGUGAGUCUAUGUUUAUGUUGGAGAUACCUCUCAUGUUUCAACCAACUUAUUCCAUGCCAUUGCUUCUCCUUAUGAUAAAUUACCUCUAUGAACAACUUUGAGCACAGAGAUUGAAGAAGAUGGAGCAGAUGAGUCAGACAUUUACCAGUUGAUGGCCAAGAGAAUCACCAAGAAGACUCAACAAGUAGUCACGCUGUCAGUCAAUGUGUCGCCGAUGAUCAUCAAGAACGAAGGAGACAUGCUCUUUCACCGAAUCGAGAAACUUGUUUGUGACCGAAUCAACGCUGAGCAGCCAUAAUUCAACCAAAUUAUCCAAAACA